GUGCAAAUUUAACCAGAUUUCUUUCUUGGCGCAGAAAUGAAAUAAGUUUGCAAUAAAAAGUGUAUGAUUUGUGUACGCAACUAUGAAGUAUAUAAACGAAUUUCUGUAUUAGUUUCAAACCAAACAGAGACAUAGAUCAGUGCAAGUUCGGUCGGAACUGUGAUAAAUUAAUUUCAGAUGUAGUAUCAUGUAUCACUUGGAUAUGAUGAUUAAUCAUUUAUAAUAAUAUUUGACGUUCAAAGGUCAAAUAGCAUGCCACAUGCAGUAACUAGGUCACACUAGUCAUCGUUUUGCACAUUGCAAUGUGAUUCAUACAUGUAUGGUCAUGCGUCAGUGAACACUGUUGAUACAAAAUCAUAAUCGUAAACCGUUACUUGCAAUUCAAUUGUUUGCAGACUGGAAAUUUACAAAUGAAACUAUGGAUGAUACUAGUUAAUUAACUUUCACCGGUUUCUGAAGGGUUACUGGAGUGCCUAGUGUUACCACAGCAAGAGUGUUUUUCGUUUGUGUAUUUAAUGUACUUCAUUAUUCGUAUAAAAGUUAAAAAUGGAAGAAUUGCACAGUUCCACUGAAAAUGUGUACUACAGACGAAGUCAGUCACGUAACAAUCGCUGCAUAAUCAUCCUUACGAUCGUCGUGGCGAUAGUCGCUUUUGUAGUCGGAAUUCUGAUUGGUCGGUAUGCUACGUGUCCGGAGAUGGAAACAAACGAUCCUGUUCAUGGAUUUCCGGAAGAACUGAUGAAAGAUGCUGAUCCAGAAAUUUCGAAACUGCUUAUCAACGGCAUGAAUUCCGACAAAAUAAGACAAAAUCUUAAGAUGUUGACUGAGAAACCGCAUCUUGGCGGGACGGAUGAGAACCACGAAUUAGGCCGGAAGUUGAAGGAAUUCUGGGAAGAAAAUGGGCUUGACCACGUGGUCCUGGCUCCUUACAAGGUCCAACUAUCCUACCCUAACAUGUCGAACCUCAACUACGUCGAACUUUUGGAUGAUCAGGGCAACUCGAUGUACAAGUCGAACCUGACCGAGCCGAUACUGACCCCGGAGGAGAAUAAGACUGGCGUGGUACCGCCCUUCAAUGCGUAUUCGCCGCCAGGAGAUAUUCAGGGCGUGAUUGUGUAUGUGAAUUAUGGGCGGGUUGAGGACCAUGAGUACCUAGAACAGAACACAUCUGUCUCUGUCAAAGGCAAAAUUGUCUUGGCGAGGUACGGAAAGAUCUUCCGAGGGGAUAAGGUAAAGCAAGCAGAGAUUCGGGGUGCCAUAGGGAUCAUUCUAUAUUCUGACCCGGAUGACAUCACAGCGGGCGAUGUAGACAAAGUCUAUCCGAAUGACUGGUGGUUGCCACCUUCUGGGGCUCAGCGGGGGUCCAUUUACAUCGGGGUUGGUGACCCUCUGACACCGGGCUACCCAGCAACAGAAUGGGCGUAUCGUAAGCGUGACCCUAACGAGUACAUGCCGGGCAUCCCUUGCCAUCCGGUCGGCUACGGCAUCGCCAUAGAACUCAUGCGAUCUUUGGCCGGUGGUGUGGUCCCUGAAGACUGGCGGGGAAAGAUGAAUGUUACCUACAGAUUCGGUGACGCAUUCCAGAACCAGGGAUGGAAGGCCCGUAUAUUCAUAACCACCCAUUCCAAGGUCGUGACCACCUAUAACGUCAUGGGCAUCAUACGGGGCGCCGUAGAACCCGACCGUUACGUGUUGGUGGGUAACCAUAGAGACGCGUGGGUUUUCGGAGCGUUGGACCCCUCUAGUGGGACGGCUACCAUGAUGGAGAUGUCCAGGGUUAUAGGACAACUAGUAAAGUCAGGAAAAUGGCGACCAAGAAGAAGCAUCAUAUUCUGUAGUUGGGGAGCGGAGGAGUAUGGGCUCGUGGGCUCCAUAGAAUGGGUCGAGCAUUAUACGAAGAUCCUGCAGGCCAGAGCUGUUGCGUAUUUGAAUGUCGACAUUGCAGUAGAAGGAAAUUCGACCUUACGAGCUCUCGGCACACCUCUUCUCUACCGAUCCCUGUACUCUGCCACGAAGAAGGUACCCAACCCCAACAGUACAGAAGUAGCGGCUGGAAGGUCCACGGUGUAUGACACUUGGUACAAUACCUACCCCUGGCAAGGAUAUCACCGGCCUGAAGUGAAACUACCGGGUUCUGGAAGCGACUACGCGCCGUUCCGAGACCGUAUCGGGAUCCCCUGCGUCGAUAUUCGCUAUUCGUGGAAUAAGAAUAAAUUAAAAUUGUCUUCAUAUCCGAUGUACCAUUCGGUUUACGAGACAUUUUACUUGGUCGAUAGGAUUAUGGACAUAGGUUUUAAGUACCACACAGCUGUAGGUCAGGUGUGGAUCGAGAUGGCCCGACAGUUGUCGGACGAGGUCAUACUUCCCUUCAACGUCACAGAUCUGACCAAUGUAAUUGAGGACCAGACUGACAGUCUCCUAGACAGAUUUGGACAAUUGCUCAGUGACAAUCAAGUUGAUAUAGAUUUACUUAGAGGAGCGGUCAAAAAUUUGACAAACACAGUUGAACGCUUUGAAAACAAGUUGGAGGAGGUUGAUAAAACUAAUCCCUAUGUGGUACGGCAAGUUAAUGACCAGUUGAUGAAUAUAGAAAAAGCGUUUAUAGAUCCAAACGGUCUACCCGGCAGGAAGUACAAACAUCAUCUGUUAUUCACGGAAAGCAGCGUUGAUAACUACGCUGGAAGCAGCUACCCUGGACUCUCGGACGCCCUCACGCGCAUCGUGCACGGGGACAACGCGACGCAGCAGUGGGAGGUCGUUCACAAACACUUCUCCGUUUUACUAUUUGUUCUUCAGUCAGCACAAUCCGUCAUCAGGGACGUUUCAAACUUCAUGUACAGUUACUGACCGCUCACUAAACAUGCACAAACCCUCCCACCCGAGCAUAUAUAACUUUAAGUAGCGUUAUAGUUAACGUCACAUACACCAUUUACAAAUUUUGAUGCCUUAUCAUUUUGCUUACAAAGGCAUUGCUUGAUGAUUAAAACUAUACCAAAUAAAUUACCAAAACUACA